AAGGCAAAACUACUAGCCAACAAAAGGAAAAAAAACCUGCACUAACUAUAAUACCAGUCAUUCUAAAACGAAAAUGUCAUAAGCUAUAACGUAAGAGUAAUACAAGAGAAAAAUAGGAAUAUUGGCCUGGGCCGGAAAGAUAAUAUUUCUAUAUGAAAAAAAAGAGUGUAAAGAAGAAAUUUCAAGGACUCGUGCACGAAAAUAUCCAAAACAAAAAUAAAAUUAUUGGCGCCUGCAAAACCCUGGCCAAACCAGGCUAUAAUACACUGAUCAAUACAACUGAACAGAAAACUGGAAGAGAAUUUCUUGAUAUUUGGUCAGUGAUGAAUAGAAGUUCCCUCUUAGAUUCUUUAAACAAUCGUUUCUGAUUUUCUCAAAUAGCUGGUUUUCCUUAUACCAUAGUUGAUACGUCAUGAUGAAGUCCUUGGUGUGUCUCUUUCUCUGGUUUUCUACACUGCAAAUAAGUACAAGUAAAAGGGGACCAAUUUCUCCUCAGCCAGGUGAUUUUGUUACGUGUCGUUUAAGUGACGAUCUUAAGGAGAAAUUCUUAGACUUGCACAACACUUUGAGAGGACAGGUACAGCCCAGUGCGGCCGACAUGGAGUAUAUGGUGAGUUUUUGUGCUGUUGACUGCACUAUCACGCAUGUUAGGUUAGAGAGUGAACAGUUCAGUCUCGUUCUUAUCAGUUACACACAAAAAUUCUAUUCAUUAACUGAAGCCUUGUUACGAUUAUAGGAGUGGAAUGAUGACCUUGGUAACCUGGCCCAGAUGUGGUCAGAUCAAUGUGAGUGGAUGCAUGGCUUUACCAAGUUUGGAGCCUGGCACCCAAAUAUAGCUUUCCGAAGCAAAACUGUAGGUAAGAAAUAAAAAAGAAAAAUGAAUGAAUGAAGAUAGUGAAGAGUCCUGGAUGAGAGGACAACAGACGUAUCCUCUUACAAUACAUUUUAUAAUGUGAACAGUGAGCUCGAACGUCAGCAUACAAAGGCGCCACUGGCAGCCGCUCUCAAUCCAUUUAUGAGCUUACUGUACCCACCCAACCCAUGGUGUGAAUGAUGUGAUGUGUGAAGGUUGACCACAACACCAGGGUAUACGUCCCACAUGCUCGGUAUUUUAUUAUUAUUAUUUUUUAAGUUUUUUAUUCGCAUGCGUUUGCACGGGAAUCAAACGCGAUCCCUCGGCGAAUGAGAAUAUCACCUGGUAAAGACAAGGAAAUACUAGGGCUGCAUCAAAAUGGAAAUUACACACUAUUAUUUACCCUGAAUAAAUGGACAAAGUUUCAAUUUGAUCAAACUCAAACUUAAUUUACAAAAACAAGAAAGCUGAGUCUUUUACUUUUUUGAAAAAAAAUAUUUUGAUUUCUUGGGAACACUUUUAAGGUCUUCAGGUUCCUCCAAACCAAGGAUAAUAAUAUAAGACUUUCUAUUAUCCAUGGCUCAACAUAGCUGUAGCUUAGUGUUAGUGAGCAAACUCUCGCAAGCUUGCAAUUUAACCACUGGUACGAAAACAAUAAACAAGUAGUAAUCUAAAAGCAGAAUCCCGGUUUAAGUGCAUCUAAUGAUAGUAACUGCAGGUACUAAUAACUCACUGUUUAGUUGACAAGGUUGUAAACCCUUAAAAUCUGUCUCUUUUCAAACUGCCAAUAAUCAGGGCAAAACCUGGCGCGAGAAUGGGGAAAGUGGAUUGACAACAAAAACGCUGGGCCUGAGGAUUCCGUGCGUAGAUGGUUCAAUGAGAGAGAUUAUUAUUCAUUUGGCAAAUUUGCUUAUCCAAUGCCACAGAGCAUGUGUACUAGAAAGCCGUGUGGACACUACACUCAGGUACUACUUGAUCGUGCUAUUUUAGUAAAUAGUUCAGAGAGCUGAACCUUGAAAAAGUCUAUUUCAUUCAGGUCAAAAUGACCGGGCCUGCCAUAGUCCUGCCGGCCAGUUCUGAAUUUUGGAAAGCGCCCUCAGGCUUAUCUUAAUGAGGGGCGGAUCCAGAAAAUUUUAACCAGCCAAUAGUUUCCAUCCUUGUGCACUUUAUUAUGAUAUGCGAUGCCUUUUGCAGGACAUGUGACAUUCUACUCGUGAAGAACCAGGCUCUAAAACAUUUUUUUUUUGUGUUGUCAAGAGAGAACAAAAUGAUUUUGUCCAGUUUUAGUCAAUUUGAACAUGGUUGCAAGGCACCGUCACAGUGCUAAGUCUGUGGAACGUUAUUUCCUGUUUUUAAGCAUACGAAAAGAGAGUUGUUCAUGCAACUCUAGGGUUGCAAUUAGUAAUUGACCUCAAAACAGUUAGGGAAGUACUUUACUCUUAAAAAAAUCCUCCGGUCUGAUAGAUGGGGGUUCCAGACACCUCCCACCCCCGCCCUAACGUUCCCAAUGCAAAUAUCGUGCAACGCAAGCACAUACUCUUUUACUUCUAAAAAAUGCUCAGGUUUCUUAAUUCUGUUAGUUUUAUCUUCUUUUCAGGUUGUUUGGGCAAGUAGCAAAAAAUUGGGCUGUGCCUUCAAAUGGUGUGAUAAGUACUUCGGCACGCCACACCCCUGGGUACCCGGGGAGACUGUUGUCACUUGUGACUACUACCCAAGGUAAAUACUUAACCAGCUAGGCCAACCAGCUACUUAUGAUACCAAUGUUGGCCAGUAUCAAGUAAUGAGAAGAAUGCGAACAAGCUGUUGGUGCAACGAUUCAUUGCACUAGUUUGGAUGAACGAGCGUUUAUCAUGGUUGGCAGGAGUCUAUGGUCAGUAGUAACCAAGGCAACCAUAUACCAAUCAUUCAAUUCUGUCUAUGUAAAGGAUCCCAGAGACCUCUGUGCCGAAAGGUUGUACUCAUUCUUCCCUCUGUUUAUAAAACAAUGAAUUGUGUAGUAUUAAAUCCAGAGUACACGUAUUCCUUUCCACUCAUGAGAACAUGCCAACAAAUUAAGUAAAACUAGUUUUUAACACUUUUCAGAAUUUUACAAAUUUGAUUUUUCGAGAGCUGAAAUUCUGGCUCUCCCAAGCGUCAGUCUUCAUUAAUACACAAAAAAUCGGAAUUUCACCCUAUACUAUAAAUGAGAAGAUAAGAGUGAGUUCUAAAAUGUCACUUUGAGUAUACUGGAGAAGCAGGAAUUUCUUUUAAGUGUGGAUUUGUUGCAGCGGUAACGUGGUUGGUCAGUUUCCCUAUACACCCGGCCCACCCUGCUCCAAAUGUGCUAGUGGAAAAGGAUGGUGUUACAAGAACCUCUGCAGUGAGUAGACUGAUAACUAUUGAAAACUUAACAGAACUUCCAUCGAGAACUUUUGCGAUUAAGCAACACAACAUUUUCUUGCAAUCGAGGUUCGCUCCUACUUCUUAAUGUAUAGACCUUUCUCACUGAUUAUUAUUUGCAUGUCUCUGCGAAAUUUUGUUUUUUCUACACUUAGUUAUUGCAAACUCAGUAUAAUAUUUCGUCUAUAUAAAAAAGGAGACUUUUACAAAUUUCGUAUCAAUUUCCUAGUAUUUUGGCAAAGUUUCUCAGCGAAAUCUAGCGAGAAUUCACUGGACCGUGAGGCGAAGUUAAUUUACAGUAUCAUGUACAGUGUACUCAGUUUAACUCAAGAAAGAAGAAUGGGUCAGAGAAGGAACCUUAGGGCGUUGGCCGGGAUAUGUCAAUUUCACUUUAAUCGAUUAAUUAAAACGUAAUCAAUUCCACCCGCAUUUGUCUCAAAGCAAAUUACAAUGCAGAAUAUUGUAAUGGAGACACACCAAGAGAGCGACAACAGCCAAAACCAAUUGAUUUUAUGAGCAAAACAACAGCUCUGCACGUACAACACCCUUUGAGUAUAUUUCUUUGACGUCCACUGUACGACUACGACGUGAAAGUAAAUAAACGUUUUAUGGAGGACGUGAACAUACGAGGACGAACUUUCCUUUUUGAACCUGGAUAAAGACCGUAAGAAUUCAACUCUAGGGAAAAAUGACUUACAUUUAACAAAUAGAGCGGGUCCAAAUAGACGCGAUAAAGUUUGAAAGGACGCAAAUUCAUUGUUUUAUGUACGUUUUUUUUUUUUUUUUUGCUUUCGUCGUUGCUUGAGCCCCCAUUAUUCUCUCUUGACAAAACUAAAUAAAAAAAAUUUGGACCUCCCUGGAAACCAACUUACGAUUUAUUUCAAGCGUUUAAUUGGUCUAAGAUUAACUGUGGUAAAAUUCACAUAUCCAAAAGGACUAGACUGGGCGUUUCCUUCUCGGUUCCUCUUUGUACCACAUUAGAGAGCUUUAGAUUUGAGGAUGAGAACGAGUACGAGUACGAAAUUUAACUAGUAAAGUUUUCGCACGUGCAUGUUCUAAAAAAAAGACACAGCGGGAAGUUUCAUUUUACUUUUUUUAACUAAAAUUUAGUACAGUUAUUUAUAUUGAAGGAGGUUAAGCCCUCUCCCGAUAGCAAAAUGAUCAAACUUCCUACAUUUGAUAACUUGUUCACGCCACUACGACAUUCGCGCUAAAUCCCAUCGUAGAAUGAGAACGGCUUUCACGUUUUCCCACCAAAAUGACGGAGGCUAACUCGCGCGCAAUACCUAUAAUAUUGAGAAAACCUCGUACUCGUAGACGUCUUCGAAUCUAAAGCUCUCUAUUCUCUUGUGUGCAAAGGCACACAUCACUAAAAGUUCGUUGUGAUUAUUCUAACAGGCUCCAGAGGCUCAAUAAAGUGUGAAUCCCAACCUCUAACCAGUUGUCAGUGAAAUUCCGUGAAGCGGCCGUCGAUGAUAGAUAAAAAUGAAAAUAUAGCUAAUAUAUUCUGUUCACAGGAGAGUGCAAGGAUUUCAGCCCCAAAUGUGGAGGGACAUACACAAAAGGCAUGUGUCUCUCACAUAAAGAUCUCAUGGAAAAACACUGCCCUCGAAUGUGCAACAUGUGUAGUGAGUAGCUUCACAUUAGUUUCUAAAUAAAAACGCAGAUAACAGAAGACGCGGGCGUUUCAAUGUUUUUUUUUUUACUAAAAACUCGCAGUUAGAAUCUUAACGAUACACAGGGCGGGGGAUGAAAUCAUUUGCACCGUGAUUUAGUCACACAGAUAUGAUCGCGAUACGUUUCGACUGUUUACUAUUAUUACAUAGUCAAGCGGCAUCACCAUUUGCAGAGAAAUGGUCAGCUGUGAUUGGUGGAUUCCGCUUCUGGGGCCUGUUUCUCGAAAGUCCCGGUAACUUUAAGAGACGGAAAUCAAAUAUUCAGAUCCAAAUCUAAAGAACAAAAACGCUGUUCCCAGCUGAGGAACCUCUAAAUUUUAUUUCACGGCUUUACCUAUAGUUAAAUCAUCUUCAAUUCAAAUUUUCUCUGCAAAACUAUGGAAACAACGAUCUUCUAUGUAAACGACAACAGCAUUUCGGGCCCGUUUUAAUUAUCGGGACUUUCGAAAAACGGAUUCCAGAAGCGGAAUCCAAUACAACUGACAACUGAACUAUAUUUUUAAUCUCUUACCAUAAAAAUAAUUUCUAUCCCAGAAUGUCAACUACAGUGCAAGAAUGGAGGGCAAAUCGAUCGAAAAACUUGUACCUGUACGUGUUACGGAAAGUGGAAAGGCUCAGAUUGCACUGGUAAGGACUGAGCUGCUUUGCACUGGGAAUGUUUUGUUAUGUCUAUCUAAGUCAAUAGGUAACAAUUUUUGACGGCGGUUAAAGUAUAUCACUGCGACUGAUAGUGUGUUUAGAGUAAAGGUGUUAGCCAUGAAAUACGAAUAAUUCGUGCGAGCAAAAGCAUGGAGGAUCAUGAAUACUACCCGUGCUCGUCUCCGGCAUAAAGGGAAGGGAAGCGAGUUUUAGCUCAAUUGGACAGGUGGAGCGCUGGUCUUCAGGACGAAACGUUGAGGGCUCGAUUCUCUUAAAGCAGCGUCCUUAAUAAAUACUUACGUGCCAGAAUACAACAUAAAAGGGAAAACAUUCGGGCGAUCGAUAUUCCCCUGUAUAAUGACUUUACUCAGGCACACAGAAAUCGAUUGGUCUAGCUGGUCUUUUCAAAUUCUUGGUGCACUAGGCUCAUGGAGAGGAUGCGAUUUUCUUAAGUAAGGAUUUUGUUCACAGACCGUUGACAAAUUUACAUGUUACUCUUUUCCUUAGAGAAGAUCUGUGAUCAAGGAUGGUACGGGAAGAACUGCGAAAGUAAGUUUUCACACAGUAUCAUAAACAACCCUCAUGUCAUUAUCAGAAAAUGCUUCGAUACGUGAUUCACUACCAUCUUGGUGUAGUACAAAAAGUAAAACUAGGCCCCUUCCUCAUCCCCUUUUCCCCCGCCUCUUCCCCUUCGAAGUCUGGUUUUCAACUAAUGGGACUCCGCAACACUGCUAAGGCCUGGUGCGCGCAAAACAUAACUAGAUUGAGUGGAUCGAGAAGCUAAGUUAUCAAAAACAGACUUUAAUGCGUGCGAAACAAAUUUAAUGUAAAUUGUUGCUCUGACUGACUAUGGUAUCCGUCAAAAUGGCCCAAUGGCAUGAUGAAGGUGUAUAAGAAGGUAAGGUAUAGAAGUGCGUGCUGGGCAAACGCGGCCUUAAAGUUGCUUCGGAUCUGUUAUCUCACAUUCUGCUGCUUGGAAAAAAAAAAUAAAAAAUAGAAAUUUCACAUUGACUGACUAUUACAACUCUCUCCACUUUCUUGACCUAAUCGUAGAAAAAUGUAUGGACAAAGUGGAAACAAGUACUUGUAAAUGGAGAGUACAGAACGGUCACGCCUGCUCACUGGGUUACAUGAAGUAUGAAUGCUUUAAAACCUGCGUUUGUGGUAUGUUAUAUUUUUCUCAAAUUUUAAAUUGCGAUAACACUGUUACUAAUAAUUGGCAGUUAUUGAAUGAGGCUGAGUAGAAUAUGAAGAAUUAUGCAGAUCGAGGCGGAUGUUAUCCACCAAGGCAAUCAGAAGCGGCGAAAUAUUUUGAAUAAAUAAUAAAUAACAUUUAUUUUCCCUUGACAGUAUUGCAAUUAUUAGCGCAAUUGCAAGGCCGAGCAAAUCAGGAACUGAAACAUGAAUUCAAAUGGAACACAACAAGGUUUAGAGUCCCAGCUGGCCACAGGCAAACUAGUUGGCUAUGUCACAAGCGUGGCCGAGGAGUUAAUCUCGGGACUACCGAGAACAAAUCCAGCUAGCGGUCAGGGUAGGACUUGAACUCGGAACUGCUGAGUUGCAAGUUCAACUCUCUAACUUAACCGCUCGGUCAUCAUAAGGCAAUCAGCUUUUGUUGGUUGUUAUAGAGGCAGUUGUCUUGGCCAAACCAUGCAUGGCUUUUAUCUUUUUGUACUAUUAUUAAACCUCUCCAAAAAGGAUGAGAACAACCCCGAUAGUAUGGUGAAUUACUUUUCAUGGCUCAAAUAUAUACCAAAAUUCAUCGAGAAUCUGGCUCAAACAAAAAUCAUAAAAGCAUAUUGCAUUCUUUAAAAGAUUCAUCUGAGAAUCUGUUUAAAAUGAAUGUCAAAUUUCAGAAAAUUACAUCUUACACAUACAGUUUUCAGAAUUGUACCUGUGUAAUCAUAAUUCUUGUUUUUGAAUUCAUUUUCGGACUUUGCCAAGAUGUAUUACAUUUGCAAUAUUCUUUAAAACUAUUCUGGUACAAGGUUUCUGUCCACUAAAAAUUGAAAUUACUUUGUUUACAACAUUUUUGAACGUUCUUAACCUUUUUUAUUGCCAAGAUGUAAGGUUUAAGGCUCAGUUAUAGCACUUUGUUGCCAACAGAACGCCUAUCCCGUGGACAUGGCGAGCCCACCUCCUUGCCCCACCCUGCAUGAAUGUUGUUCAGUCGGUGUCAGAAAUGAUCCAUCAUUAUUGUUUCUUAACGUUUUUGUUCAAGAUGGUAGCUUAUUUCCCACUGGGUGUGAUUUGUAAAGUAGCAGCUUUCAUUAUCAUGUUUCAGUGCAAUGUCUUUAAUUUAUUGACAGAUCUUAUGCCGACGCCACAACCAAAAACUCGUCCUACUGUGGUGACUCAACCGACGCCCACUACUCCUCCAGCACUCACCCACCCUAUUCCGACAAAGAGUCCACCAACAACAGGUACGAAUGAAUAUUUUUUCUGCUAGAGGGCCUUUGUCACUGUUUCACCGGUCAUUGCUGAUGUGCCACUUACAAAAUUGAAAGCAAAGAAAGUUCAAAAUGUUACUUUCAGUUGGUGCCCAUAGAAAAAUUACCUGAAGACUGAGAAGAUAUCCGAAUGAUAAAGAAUAGAGUUUGACGGAACAGUGCCACAGCAGCCGUCUUCAGCUGUUCCAGCCGUGGUUCCCAUGUCUUUGAGACUUGCCAAGGAUGACUUUUUUUAUCUAUUUUACUACAUACUUUUCGUAAAAAAAAAGGGUGCUCCGUCUUACAGAGCUGCGUGUCGCACAGGAAAAUCAACCGGUCGUCUACCGACUGUUUCAGUACUAGGAGACAAAACACAAACAGAUGCUUCUAGGGUAAUGUGUACAGGUUUUUAAGAUCUAGGAGCUGUGCAAGUAACAGGAGGUCGCAGGAUUCGAUAGGGUUUUACCGGUUGACUUGAUUCUUGUAUGCUCCUGUCUUUUGUUUUCAACGUAUUUGUUCAAAGCACAGUCGCAAAAACGUUGUUGUAAAAAGAAAAACCGAAAGAUUUAACUGAAAAAGAGUUUUGGUUUGUUAAAAAAACAGAUAGGGAAGAGGAAAAGUUCAGCAAUUCUCGUACGGAGUCAAAUCUCCGCAGGUAAGGACGUUAUAGGUAGCUAAGGCUAAAUCGAUCAAAGUUACAAACUUAUCAACUUAGGAAGUUUAAAAAGGAUCCUCAAAAUCAGCUGUCAAAAUGUGUUUGUUCGUUUGUUUCUCCGCCACUCAAACUUUAAUGUAGAGCUGCUGUGUGCCGGGAGCGAGUGUUUUAACGUAGUCUGUUAUAUCCAACUAGCCCACCGGCCCGGAGGUAACGCUUCAGUACUGCAAGCAGGCAAUGACAGGACCUUUAUCAUUAAUUUACAGAAUGUAAGGACACUUGCUCUUUGCACUGUGAGUUCUGGGCAGGUCUUGGGGAAUGUAAGAAGCACGCAGACUGGAUGAGAAGUAAAUGUAUGAAGAGUUGCGGAGUUUGCAGUAAGAACAUACAAUUUGUUUAUUUCCCUUGAUCCGACAUACUGCGCGGAGACAAACUCCCCAAUACAACAGUAACAAAUUUAAAUAUGUGUAAUAGCUAAAAGUGGGAAGUUUAAGGCUCUUUAAAGAUGAAGAGGAAAUUGUGCGACCACGCGCGGGAGCAUCUAUCCCCUUAUAUGACAGCACGGGAUGUGCCACAUCGCGGCAAAAUUGAAAUUAAACCCCUUGAGAAAAAUCAAAUAUCCAAUGCGUGAAUCACAAGUAUCAUCUGAACCGCGAACAGACAUCAUUCCAACGCAGGCAACCAAAUACAAACAAAAAUUGAUCAUCAUGCCUCAGGGGCACCCAACGAGAAUAUAGUUCAAAACCACCUAUUGUAAACAUAGCAUUGUUCAACGACUGUCUUGUUCAACGUAUUUUAGUAUUUAAACGGUAGAUAUAGGCAUAUUUUUAUCCCCUAAAAAUUUUUCAUCUGUUCGGAUUUCGAAAAGUCAAAUAUCCAAAAUUCGGAUCAAAACUCCUUUUCGAAAAUUUCAGCCAUCAUUUAGGUGACCGUUUUAAGGUAAAAAUUCACCAUUCCAUAUUUUAGAUGUUCAAAAUCCUAAAUAGGCAAGCAAACAAAAACUGUUCCGUGAAUUCUAGAUCUCAAAUCGUCUUCCGAUCAGAUAUUUUCCGAAAAUUGACGUUGGGUCAGGCCCCUGAUGCUUCCCUCUUUCUUCUCCGUUUUGUUAUUUCUUCACGCACAGUUUUAAGAGCUACCUGUUUGGGUCAAACAAACCCUCUACUUGUUAAACUAUGGUUCAACAUACACCAGUAUUUCUCAUGUAUUUCUCUUGUUAUUUCUCAUAUUUCUCGUCACCUAAACAACAUUGGAUAAGGGGAGGGGAAAAACAAGCAUUCAUUUGGUGAUUUUUGGCAGGAUGACACCAAAAAUAAGUAUUUUUGCCAUGAGUUUUAACAGAUUUUGCCCGAGGUUGUGGUUGUUCCUAUUUUUUGUCAACACCCUUACUGAUACCAAACUGCAAUUUAAACCCCCAACUUUGAAAAAAAUGUAUCUUCGUGGCUUUCAUUGAGAUAUAACAUAAGAGGUUAGCGUCCUGGGGAGGGCCACCACCAAUUUUAGCUAUCUUAAUGCUCAGGUUCAUGUGCCUUUAAAGUCCUGAUACAAAGUGAAAAAUUGAGUAAACGAACAUAGCACUGGUAGUUGUCUGGGGCACCCCACGACGGUUUCCUGCUAAAUACAGUGAAAACACUUUUAAGUCUAAGCGGCGCAAUCAAAUUUGUAUCCGUUCGGUCAUCCCAUGGGAAAUUGAGUCUUUUCGAAAUUACGAGGGAUUCAGUAUUUUCCCGAAAAUUUUAGGUGCGAUUUAACAUGGUAGGAAGGAGACAAUUUUUCUGAUUCCUCUUUCCAUGAGAUUUUUUAAUACGAAAAUUUUAGGUUUCCUUUUUUCCUAUGGAAAAAAAGCCUUACCUGGGGAGUAAAAAAGUUCAGAAAAAAUAUUUCAGAAAAUCUUAGGAAAUUUAUUAGAUGAGCUUCGAAAAUUGAAAUGAAAGAAACGGUCAUCUAGAAAUUUUUACCUGUCCUCAAGUAAUAGAAAAUUCUAGGCAAUAUUUGUUUCUCCGAACAGUUAAUUUUACAGAAAACAGUCGUUGGGUGCCCCUGAGUUGUGGCCCAUCUGUGCAAGACAUUACUGUAAUAACGCAGCCCUAACAACCGGCGUACAGUUAGAAUAAUGAUAGAAAGAAGUGCAUAACUACCUAUGUGAAAUAAUAACGUGAAAUUAAUUCCUACUGAACGCUUUUUCUUCCAGCCUGUCAAGAUGUGUACAACACUGCACAAUGCAGGGGAUGGGCGGCCACUGGUGAAUGCAGUAAGAAUUCUUUAUGGAUGGAGGUGAAUUGCCCUAAGAGCUGUCUUGUUUGCGGUAAGUAAAAUUCAAGUAAACUUUUGACAAAUACCUUUAACAUCGUUGGUGCAUGGGAAAUCUACAGUGUGGAAUGAGACCACUAAGGUGGAAGGGAAAUAGGGACAUACAUACGUACACAGUCUACCGGUGGCCAUUACGACACCCAAAGAAGGUUAUCCGUUAUCCUAUAUUAAGAUCUCUCCUUAGAGAUAACCACCCAGCCCAGGAAAGGUUGGCCCUACCAAUGGGGUCUAUGUCCCCUACUCUUUUAGGACAGUGGUGUGGGUACUUUACGUCCCACACAAGAACCAGAUAAGUGAAAGUGCUGUGAGAUGGGACCUACGGUUUCUCGUCCUUAUCCUUGAAGACUAGAAAGUCUAACCGUUUGUAGAUGUCAUUUUAAAGGCAGAUCUUUCUUCCCAGUCAUUUGAAGACCCCGAGUGUUGGUCGACUCGGGGUUUGAACCCGCGACCUCCCCCUCAGCAGACUGUUGCUCUCCCAACUGAGAUAACCAGGCGAUAUCCAAGGGAUAAAUCACUAUUCAGGUGAUGAGUAUCAGUGCUUUUUUUUCAGAUUGUCAUGACCAGAACAUCAAGUGUGGAGGAUGGGUCAAAAGUGGACUGUGUGACAGCGGGAAGUAUAUAACAUGGAUGAAUAAGAACUGCAAGAAGAGUUGCAAAAAAUGCUGACACCAUGUGGUGAUCCGUAUUUAAACAGUGGUCUAUAGAUGACUGUUUUGAUUCUAGACUUUUCAUAGUUGAUUUUUAUUGUAGGCUUUAAAGAUCCCUGAAUGCGUGAAGUAAUCUAACAUAGACUUCAUACUGCCUGCAAAGCAGGUGUGUAUGGGAUCGGAACUAAACAUGAAAUGUAAGGUAAUCGAAGCACCCCCACCUCCCUUACUAAUUGAUAAAUGUAUUAGUGUAAGGUAAAAUCUUGUUUUGGUAUUUUGUUCACUUGCUGUGGUGUGAGUAUACUCACUGCCUUAGUUUUUUGGUCUGUUACACGACAUAGUACCAGAGAAUUAACAUCUCAUUUUAUAAGAGAG